GGAGGGAGGGCGGAGUCAGGAGGGGGGCCGGGGCCUGGCUGCCGAGUUUGGCUGGCGAGGCGGAAAGGCAGCCGCCGGUGUCUUUGUGGCGCCUUCGCCUGGUUCUCUUCGUGGUCGCCGGGCGGGUGAGAGGCGCGUUUGGGACCCGGCGGGUCCGCUUGCACCGGUUCCAGGAUGUUGUGUUUCCGCCUUCUCCCUGCCGUGGCAGGUUUCACUGCUGUUUCCAGGCGACUCUAUGGAACAACCCAUUCUGUCCAUGGCCAGCGCAGGCUGAUGAUGGUGGCUUUUGUAGGAACAGCAGCUGUAACAGCAAGCACUGGAUUACUUUGGAAAAGAGCUCAGGCACAAGCACCUUCAUCAGUGAAACGCGAUGUAAGAACAGAGCCUGAGGAGGAGGUGAAAAGUGGAGAAGAAGUAGUGAAUGAAGAGGGUGAUGAUAGGAAAGCUGUGGAGUCAAGUGAUGAAGAUGCUCUUGCAGAAGGGGAGAAGAAGAAGAAGAAGCGUUCUGGAUUUCGGGACCGUAAAGUGAUGGAAUAUGAAAACAGGAUUCGAGCAUACUCUACUCCAGAUAAAAUCUUCCGAUAUUUUGCCACCUUGAAAAUAAUAAAUGAGCAUGGAGACUCUGAAGUGUUUAUGACCCCACAGGAUUUUGUGCGAUCUAUAACACCAAAUGAAAAACAACCAGAACAUCUAGGCCUUGACCAGUUUGUGGUGAAACGUUAUGAUGGGAAGGAUUUUUGGCAGACAGAGAAAAUCUCCCAGGAACGUGAGAAGUUUGCAGAUGAAGACAGCAUCUUUUAUGCUCUUGGAGAAUGUGGCCUCAUAUCCUUUUCUGACUAUAUCUUCCUCACAACAGUUCUCUCCACUCCUCAGAGGAACUUUGAAAUUGCUUUCAAGAUGUUUGAUCUAAAUGGGGAUGGAGAAGUAGAUAUGGAAGAAUUCGAACAGGUUCAGAGCAUAAUUCGCUCCCAGACCAGCAUGGGCAUGCGUCAUAGGGACCGUUCAACUACGGGCAAUACCUUGAAGACUGGCUUCAACUCUGCAUUGACCACGUACUUUUUUGGAGCUGAUCUGAAGGGGAAACUGACCAUCUCUCACUUUUUGGAGUUCCAGCGCAAGCUUCAGCAUGACAUUCUCAAGCUUGAGUUUGAAAGGCAUGACCCUGUCAAUGGCAGAAUCACAGAACGUCAGUUUGGUAGUAUGCUGCUAGCGUACAGCGGAGUACAAUCCAAAAAGCUGACUCUCAUGCUAAAGCAACUCAAGAAGCAUUUUCAGGAUGGAGAGGGACUAACAUUUGAGGAGGUAGAAAACUUCUUCACUUUUCUGAAAAAUAUAAAUGAUGUGGACACUGCUUUAAGUUUCUAUCACAUGGCUGGAGCAUCUCUCGAUAAAGAUACUAUGCAGCAGGUAGCCAAGACUGUGGCAAAGGUGGAGCUGUCAGACCACGUGUGUGAUGUAGUGUUUGCUCUUUUUGACUGUGAUGGCAAUGGUGAACUGAGCAACAAGGAGUUUGUGGCCAUUAUGAAGCAGAGGCUUAUGAGAGGCUUGGAAAAGCCCAAAGACAUGGGGUUUACCCGGCUCAUGAGGGCCAUGUGGAAGUGCGCGCAAGAGACUGCUUGGGAUUUUGCCAUGCCCAAACAAUAAUCCUGACCCCAAACCACAGAAGCCUGACUGCAGUGCACAGAUGAAGACCGUGACAUCUGCUGUGCUGUCCCCACCGGAUCAUGCCCAGCGCUGCGGGAGUGAGGAUCCCUUCAGUGGAAGGUUCGCGUUCCACUGCUGCACUGAAGAACCAGCCCUGGGAGGGAAAGACUGUUAGCAACUCCACGGUCCUUUUCAAAUGCCGAAGCAGACCUGGGAGCCCAUUCUGCGUUCGGCUUUUGUCUUAGCAACUGUUUUCCUCAUAAAUGCAUUCACUCCCACCCAUACACAUACAACUUUCCAAUUUUCUCUUUAAUUUUUAAUUUUUUAACACUCAAGAAGAAAACCUAGCAAAUCAUCAAGAUAAUUAGCUUUGAAUAUUGCAGCUGCUUCUGUUCCCUCAAGGGGGGGAAAUAGCUGAGCAUGGAUCCUACAAAGAACAUGAUUGCUUGUGUCCGUGGAAGCCUUUUGAGCAUUAUUUGGGGCAAGAAGGCUCAUGAAUUGACUCAGCCCUUACACUCUUCUGCUCAUGAAGUUUUUUUUUUUUAAAGGAUCCAGUGAGAAACAGAACCUGACGCCUCAACACGUAAAAUGUAAAAAUGUCUGUUAUGUUAGAUUAUUAAGCUGUCUGUGAGUUUCACAGCAUAGGGUGGUGGUUAAUGGGACAAGUUUUGCUAGACAUCAGUUCAGUGUCUGCACAAACUGCUGCCUUUUCUUGGAGAAAAGUGUAAACACUCAAAAGUGCAGCAACUUCUGUUUAUAGUUGGGUGGGUUUUUUUAAGGUUUCAAGAACUGGUUAAGCAUUCUUGACUCUUUCCCACAACCUUUUCAGUGGAACCCCAGGCUUCCACAUGCCAUACAGUGUAUAUUCACUCAACUGUAAUCCCCUCUCCCUUAAUGAGGGUGCUCAUGCAUCAUGAUUUGUUUGAUCAUAUUAAAGCUUCUCUUCAUAGAGCUCUUGAAUGUUUAUGAAAUAUUACUUCAAUUAUAGUGAUUCGCUAGGGGGAAAAAACACCAUGCUCCUAUGUCAUCUUUCUUUUUCGGGGAAGCCUUAUGCCUUGAACCAGGUUUGAUUUUUCUUUUGGCAACAGGUCCAUAAAAUUCUGCUCUCCUGCUGCCAGAUGGAAGCAGGGUGCACUUUGAGCCCACUGA